GUCACUUGCAGCGAAAUGGCUCGUAUGUAGUGGUUAGACGGUUUUGUUUCGUCGUGGUUUUGUUAACCGUUAUGAGCCGCGUGUAUUUUGUCCUGUGUGUCACCGUCACCUCUAUCAUCAUAUGGUUACCCAAUACAAUGACUUCGGUACGCAUCCUGGGAAGGCACAUGGUCUUGCGCGGAGAGUCUAUCUGGCUCAACUGUACGGCAGAGAGUAUCAACCAAGUGUGGUGGUACAAGGACAACAUCCUCUUCUACACGUUUGAGCGUGGGGCCGAGCCGUCGACGCACGUCUUCAGUGUGCCAGGAGUCUAUGUGGAUCAAACAAAGUCAAGGGAAGGUAGCGUGCUGCUGCUGUACACGGAUAGGCAGACCGAAGGCACAUUCCUGUGCGACAUAGCCGCAGCUCCGGGUCACCUGCCUCAGCGGGCUCACCUGCACUUGCAGGUGGUAGUGGCAAACCCUCGCGGCCCUGUCAUAGAGGGUAUGCAAGCACAGUAUCACAUGGGCCAGGAGAUACGUGCCAGCUGCAGCAGCGGGCCAUCCAAACCCCUGCCUAGGCUUUACUGGCUUAUCAACGGCAAGCAGCCGGAUGCAGACGUGUCGCAGGGAGUGGCGCUGACACGAAAUUCGCAAGAAUUGGAAACUGGCACAAUCAACAUAACACUGAAGGCAGACAAAGCAAACUUCAUCAACGGCGUCAUGAACCUGACGUGUGUAAUGCAUAUUCGAGGCCUCCCCGAAAUGGAAAGAAAGUCCUCCGUGAGGAUGAUUACUUUGGGCUAUGCCUCGGAUUUUUUGGCAGGUAAUUUACGAGCAGGGUCAGCCAGACUCUCGGUUCCCACAGUCGUCGUCCAUGGUCAGGGGUUUUGGUUGAACUGCACUGCCGAAGGGGCUCACACCUUUGUUUGGCACAAGGACAACCAGCCGUUCUAUCGGGACACCCCGGGCGCCCAGCGUCCCACACUGCACCAAAGCCCGCAGGGUGUUCACGUUAACCAUACCAUUUCACACGGAGGUCAUGUCUACAUGGAUACUUCUGACCUUGAUACCGAAGGCAUUUAUAUGUGUAAAGUGAUAUUGGGUGAAGUUCGCACCAGACAACUCGAAAAAAAGGUUCAAGUAUACGUGCUGCCAGAAGGUCCUCCUACGCUUGAAAAUGUGAAUCCCAUCUACAAGAUGGGCGAUAUAGUGAAAGCCAAAUGCAGAAGUGGGCCAUCAAAACCAGCAGCCAUCCUCACGUGGUACGUGGACGGCGUUAAGGUGGAAAAUGAAAAUGUGUCCCUGGACCAAACUCCCGCAGACGAAAGCAGAACCUUCGAAAGUUUUAGCACACUGACCAUGCUGCUUGAGCCCAGUAUAAUGACAAAUGGCUCGCAACUGCUCAUCAGCUGUACUGCUCAGAUCGGAACAAUUUAUGCGGAAACAUCCGAACAGCGGCUCACUGUCUUGCAGCCGCAGGAAUGGGCACUGUAUUACGCUGGUAAUUCAAGCAAAUCUGUUCUCCCGAAUUAUUCGCUGUGCGUCGGCAUUUUGUUGACUUUGUACAGCGUACUCAGCAAAAGCGACGGCAGCUUCCAUCGGCACUGAUGACUGGUUGUGUACGUGAUAUACAAAGCCAGGGUGGCUUUUGUGCAUCACAAGUGGUUGAAGGUUUGUGUGUGUGUGUGUGUUGUGUGCUAUGGCAUUUUCCUAAGCAAGGAAUUUGAAGCCAAUCGUUAGGACAAGGUUGUGAAAAAGGUCUCCACACCCUUCAGUAUUCUGUUUGUGUGGCAGAGUGCUCAUUUUUCGUUUUCAUCAUUAAUUAACCUUCGUUACACUUCACCCCAUUUUCAUGAAGACCGCUCUCCAAACUCUCUUCCCGGGGAAGAGAAAAAAAAAGGACUUGCAAGGAACGAGCAGUGUUUGCUGUUAUCGAUGUGAAGAAAUGGGGGGGGUCCCUGCUUUUCUCUUAUUGGCCUACGUGCACACGUUAAGAAGUGAAAGUUCCGACGAGCUCGUAAAACAAAACCAACAUACAUACACGUGUAUACUGGGCAUUUUUUAAAAUCCUUUACAGUAACUCAACUGCAAGAUCAACAUCUGUGCUUUUCUCAUAUCUUUUUCGUAUAAAAUCUGUAAAGGAUUAAAAAAAAAAAAAAAAGAAAAACACCCUGUAUACACUCAUCACACAUACAGCAAAAAUAAGCUGGGGCUAUCUGACUGCACAUGAAAUACAAUCCCAGCUGUGGACAGCCGUUUCAUCUUUUUGGGCAGCUUGUCGCCACAGUGCAGGAAAGUGACAUGCUUUAGGGUCACCUAAUACUGUUUCACGCAUUUUGGCCACAUUUCUUUCAUUUUCGGCAUACGUUUUCAUGGUGCAUGACGCUCAGCGCCAUGGCUUCCUGGUGGUCAUUUUGAUCACCGAUGUUGUUUGUAGCUCAAAGCAUUCGAUAUAUUCACGAGCUUGCUUCCACACUUCUGUUUUAUUCAUGGUGAAAGGACUUGUUUUGUUUGUUGCCGUGAGAACAAGCUUGUUUCCUUUCUUUUAUUCCUAUCGUUUUUAUCUGUUGCAUCCGUCACGUUUUAUUUAUUUGCAUUUUUGUGAGGUCACAAGUCAGCCCUGAAAUACUGGCACUGCCACAAGUGAGUUAUCUAGAAUGUGCUUUCAGUUCUGCUCAUCUAGUGUCAAAACAUUCCCACAUUUAAAAAAAAAAACUUGAUUUUUUAAAAAAUGUCAAUGCAAAAGUUUACCAGGCUGUGGAAUGUUGAAGAUGUGCAUAUAUAUAUAAAAUAUAAAGAAGACUGGUGUGCAACCUUACGCUGUGUGUGCGAAAACUGGUUGCG